AUGGGUAUAGAAACUAGAUCUGCGUGUAUCAAUGCUGCAACUUUGGCUCUUGCCAGUGCUGGGAUCUCAUGCAUGAUCUUAUAACUUCAGUGCGGAUAUCUUAAUAGCACCCCUUUGCCUGAUUUAAACUACGUAGAAGACAGUGUUAGAGAUACUGAUGUUACCAUUAGAAUUCUGCCACCAAAGUUGGAUAAAGUGACACUUCUUCAGAUAGAUUUUAGAUUACUAAUUGACAUUUUGAAAAAUAUUAUGCAACUGACAACGGAAAGCUCCAAAGCAGCUGCAAAUUACAUCCGAAAAAUUUUAUUGAAGGACACAAAGCAACUGGAGUAUCGACGACAUGUAUAA